AUGGUUCACAGUGUAGGUGCAGUAGUCCGGCUGUGCUGGAUUCUUUGUUGCCUUCUUCCUCUCGUUCAAUGUCAGCGUGGUGGUAACGGAUUUGGUGGCCCUUCCAAGCCCUUCAAGCCCGGUGGUGGCGGCUUUGGACCACCGGGCGGUCCUCCGGGCGGUCCUCCAGGCGGUCCUCCAGGCGGUCCUCCAGGCGGUCCCCCAGGCGGUCCCCCGGGCAAUCCCUUUCGUAAUGGUGGAUUUCCUGGGAAGCCUGGCGGCGGCGGUGGUGGUGGAGACUUUCGUGGUGGAUUCGGACCGGGCUUUGGACCGCCACCCAACUCACAGUUUGGCAAUGGAAAACCAGGCGGUGCACCGGGCCAGCAACAGCAAGGCGAUCAAUCCGCGUCCGAGGAGCAGAAAGGACAACAGUCUGCAGAGGACGUGACGCCCGCCCAAGCAGCCGAACCUGCUACGCCCGCCCCAUCGACCGCAGCCGUAGCUGUACCAGCCCAAACUUCAACCACGCUAGCAACGGCAGACGACGGCGAAAUGGCCGUGAACCAACCCGAAAUUAUGCCCAGCAGCCUCGAAGCCGCUACCCCAACCACCACCGAAGCUCCCUCCCAGGCGCCCUCCAGCAUCGCCGACGCAUUCGGCGACCCUUCCACUUCCAUCCAACCAGCCAUCCCCAUCCUAGUCCCAUCAAGUUCCAUCAACAACAUCGUCGCCACCAGCUCCAUCGACUUCCAGCAAUUCCCCCUCCCCUCCUCCGCAAAAUCGACCCUCACAACCUCAACCACCAUCUACGUAACCCCCUCCCCAGUCCCCGCCUCCGAGUCCCCGGGCGAAGCCGCAUCCACAGCAGCAGAAGCGUCCCCCACACCCACCCUGGACCUCGCGCCCCUCUCCCCUCCCACCAGCAACACCAUGAGCGCCUCCGCGCAAGCCGGCAUGGGCGUCGGCAUCACCUUCGGCGUGCUCUCAGUCGCCGGCGCAACAGGCCUCUACCUCUGGCGACGCCGGCGUAACCAGCGCUUCGACCGCAGCACACGCAGCGGACGCCGCCGCGGGGGCGGACUCGGCGGCUUCUUCCGCAUGCGGUCACCCUUCAACAGCAAGCACGACGCCGAGUGGAGCAUCGAAUCUGCCGAGCAGGUAGAAAUCGUGCGCGGCGCGAGCGCGCGGUCCGUCAGCACUGGGGGGUCGCGCGGCGACAGCCGGGGCUCGGCCGACGGCAAGCCCUCGUCUGCGGCUGCGGGAGCGGGAGGAACAGGGAACGAGAAGAUCGGCCUCGAGGUGCUGAAAAUCGGCAUGAGGGUGCCGGAUCGGAAACCUAAUCCGGCGCUGACGAGCAAUCCGCCGGUUUCGCCGGGCCAGUUCCCGACGCCGCCGAGCUCGCGGGGCAGUGCGAGUGCGGGUGCGCCUGCGCCGGCGGAGGGUGCGGAGAGGAAGGAGGGCAAGACGAGUAGCUGGCCGCUGCCGGAUUGACUCGAGGACUGGGAGGCGAGGAUGCGUGGGAGUGCGCGGAAUUCGAGGAAUGCGGUGUAGUAGUAAGUGAAUGGAAGAGUUUGGGUGUUAGGAACGGUGUAUGGAGUUCGCUUCUUGCUUGCCGGUCUGCGUGUGGUAUGACAUGUACAAUGGCGGCGUAUUCGAAAAGCUGGACUUGGAUACCUUUUUUCUUUCCACUUCGUAAACCUAGUCUAGUCUUCUGCUUGUGUGGAGGCUCUUGUAUUUCUAUUACCUAGUAGAUAGCUUGUCAGUCCUUAC